AUGGCGACCUUUGCUAAAAGCACCUUCAACGCCCUCACCUACGCCGCCUUCCGCCCCUCCUACCCACCCGCACUCUUCAAAACCGUGCUCUCCUACCAUAAGCCUCCCUCCUCCCUCCUCCUCGACCUCGGGUGUGGGCACGGCCUCAUAUCCCGCGAGCUCUCUCCCUCCUUCACCAAGAUCAUCGCUACCGACCCCUCGAAUUCCAUGAUAACACAAGCAAUAUCCUCCACGCCCGAAGAGAAGUACUCAAACAUUGAAUUCCGACAAGCGUCAGCAGAAGAUUUGAGUUUCAUAGAAGAUGGAAGCCUGGAUAUGGUGGUUGCAGGCCAAGCAGCGCACUGGUUCGACUACAGCAAAGUCUGGCCCGAGUUGAGCAAGAAGGUUAGACGAGGCGGGACGUUGGCGUUUUGGGGGUAUAAGGAUAAUAUCUUCGUGGAGCAUCCGGCGGCAAGUAAAGUGAUGGAUUGGUACUGUUAUGGUGAGAAGACGAUGGGUCCGUUUUGGGAACAGCCGGGUAGAGGGAUACUGAGGGAGAAGUAUCGGGCGAUUGUACCCCCGGAAAGCGAGUGGGAGGAUGUGCGGAGGGUAGAGUAUGAGCCUGGUUUGGAGGGGAAGGGUAGUGGGGAGGGAGAGGUGUUGAUGCGGGGGAGAAUGAAGCUGGGAGAGGCCGAGGGGUAUUUGAGGACAUUUAGUGCGUUCCAUAAUUGGGCGAGUGAGAAGGGGAAUCUGGGGAGGAAGGCAAAGAAGGAUGGCGGGGAGGGUGAUAUUGUGGAUGAGUUGUUUGAGGAGAUGAGAAAGGUUGAGCCGGAGUGGAAGGCGGCGGGGGAGGAGUGGAGGGAUGUAGAGGUCGAGAAUGAGUGGGGAAGUGUGAUUUUGUUGGCCAGGAGGAAGUAG